AUGGUUAAAAGAGUACUUGCUGCGUUACAAGUUGGGUCAGAAAAGACCACCAAAGAAACCCUUGACAAAAUCUUGAGCUACGAACAGGAAUUGAAACAAGCCAAUGUCGAUUUAGUAGUUAUUCCAGAAGCCACACUAGGUGGAUAUCCUAAGGGGUCAACGUUUGGUUCUCAUUUAGGGUACAGAUUACCUUCAGGCCGCGAAGAAUUCUUAACCUAUUUUAAACAAUCAAUUACUGUGCCUGGGCCCGAGACCCAGUUGUUGGAAACAUUCUCCGCUAAAAUCAAUGCUACUAUCGCCAUUGGAGUAAUUGAGAACGGUGGUGGGUCAACAAUGUACUGCUCCAUAGUUUAUAUUGACCCCAAGCGGGGGUAUGUGGGAAAACAUCGCAAAUUAAUGCCCACUGCUAGCGAAAGAUUAGUAUGGGGACAAGGUGAUGGGUCGACAAUACCGGUUAUUGAAAGUGCAGUAGGCAGGAUUGGUGGUGCAAUAUGCUGGGAAAAUUAUAUGCCAUUAUUACGCCAAUGCUAUUAUUCCAAAGGAAUAGAUGUGUGGGUUGCCCCCACGGUUGACAUGAGAGAGAUUUGGCGUUGUUCAAUGAGAACUAUAGCUUACGAAGGAAGGAAUUUCUUGGUCAGUGCCGUGCAGUUUCAACCGGCAGUGGCCAAUGAAGAAGAUACUCCCACUGGGUGGGAAAUGGGAGCAAAUUUGAUCAAUGGUGGUAGUGUUAUUAUUGACCCUAUGGGUGAAAUUGUUGCUGGGCCAUUGAUUGGUAAAGAAGGUGUAUUGACGGCGGAAAUUGAAACUGAUGAUGUGAUUCGAGCACGAUUUGAUUUGGAUCCUGCGGGGCAUUAUUUUAGAGGCGAUGUUUUUAAAUUAACUGUUGAUGAGACCUCGAGAGAUGUUGAAUUUGUCAAUAAAAAAGCUGAGUGA